GCAAGAUGGCGGCGAUACGGAAUCGGUGUUAUUGCCAGUGGGCAUAAAAAAGGCAUUUUAUUUAAAAUAGAACAGCGAGUCAUAUCCAGUUAUACACUUGAACGCAUCGUGAGUGUAUCUGCCACGUAACCAGCGUCGACGUCUUUUUUAAUUUUACGCGUUUGAACGUUUUUCUUACAAAAUGUUCUCGUUGUAAGUCCCUCGCUAACCGACCAGCUGGCUAACAGAGAGCAGUUACUAGCUAGCUAUCCACCACAGCCAAGCCGCCGUGAAGUGUAGGAUGGGAGAAAAGCUGGAGCUCAAGCUCAAAUCGCCGGUUGGAGCAGAACCCGCUGGGUAUCCGUGGCCGUUACCAGUAUAUGAUAAACACCAUGAUGCUGCUCAUGAAAUCAUCGAGACCAUUCGGUGGGUGUGUGAGGAAAUCCCAGACCUCAAACUGGCAAUGGAAAAUUACGUACUCAUUGACUAUGACACCAAGAGCUUUGAGAGCAUGCAGAGACUUUGUGACAAGUACAACAGGGCCAUUGACAGCAUUCAUCAGCUGUGGAAAGGGACCACCCAGCCCAUGAAGCUAAACAAGCGUCCUUCCAAUGGGCUGCUGAGACAUAUCUUACAGCAGGUGUACAACCACUCAGUGACCGACCCAGAGAAACUCAACAACUAUGAACCCUUCUCCCCCGAGGUUUACGGAGAGACCUCUUUCGACCUGGUGGCCCAGAUUAUUGAUGAAAUGGAAAUGAUGGAAGAAGACACCUUUGUUGACCUUGGCAGUGGAGUAGGGCAGGUGGUGCUGCAGGUUGCAGCAGCAACCAACUGUAAACACUACUACGGUGUAGAGAAAGCAGACAUUCCAGCUACCUAUGCAGAGACCAUGGAUAAAGAGUUUAAAAAAUGGAUGAAAUGGUAUGGGAAGAAACACGGGGAGUACACACUGGAAAGAGGUGAUUUUCUGUCUGAAGAGUGGAAAGAAAGAAUCGCCAACACAAGUAUUAUUUUUGUGAAUAACUUUGCCUUUGGUCCAGAGGUAGAUCACCAGCUGAAGGAGCGCUUUGCUAACAUGAAGGAAGGAGGGAAAAUUGUAUCCUCCAAACCCUUUGCACCUUUAAACUUCAGAAUCAACAGUCGAAACUUGAGUGAUAUUGGCACAAUUAUGCGUGUGGUGGAGCUUUCUCCACUCAGAGGCUCUGUUUCCUGGACUGGAAAGCCAGUUUCCUACUACCUGCAUACCAUAGACCGCACCAUACUUGAAAACUACUUUGCUAGUCUCAAAAAUCCUAAACUCAGGGAGGAGCAAGAGGCAGCUAGAAGACGUCAGCAGAAGGACACGAAGGACAGUAAAAGCAAUAGUACCACGCCUACAAAACCCAAGGAACCAAACAAGCAGGACUCCUGUGGUGAAGAGGAGCGUCCUAGCUUGGUGACUGUGGUCAAGCCCUCCGCUAAACCGAGAAGAACGCGACUCCUGGCCAAAGGUCGCAAGCUGAACAAUAAGAAACGUGGUCGACCCAAGAAAGCUACCCCAGCUGCUGAGAAGAAAAAUAAGAAGAAUCAGAGUGCAUUGGAUUUGCUGCAUGCCAAGACCCUUUCUGCAGCACCCCCUCAGGAUGCAUACCGACCACCUCAGAGUCCCUUCUACCAGCUACCUCCCAAGGUCCAGCACUAUACCCCUAGUCAACUUCUGCUGAGCCCAACUCCCCCUGGUUUGGAAAAACUGCUAGACAAUAUCAAAAUUCAGUACCUCCAGUUUAUGGCCUACAUGAAGACUCCUCAGUACCGCUCCAACCUGCAACAACUUUUAGACCAAGAGAAGCAAAAACACAGGGACCUAUCAGGGCAGGCGGAGCAGCUCCAUUUGGUCUGUCAGUCUCACAAGGAGAAGAUCAAAGGUCUCUUUCAGACUAAACUGGAUGAGCUGGGAGUAAAAGCCCUGACUGUGGAGGACCUCCUUCAGGCCCAGAAGGAGAUAUCAGCCCAUAACCUUCAGCUGAAGGAGCAAACCAAGCAACUUGAGAGAGAUAUGGCUUUGCUGAGAGACCACAGCUUGCUGCUGCUGAAGUCUCGAUGUGAGGAGUUGAAGCUGGACUGGGGCUCUUUGUGUCUGGAGAGUUUGUUGAAAGAGAAGCAGGCCCUGCGCAAACAGAUCUCCGAGAAGCAGAGACAUUGCUUGGAGUUGCAGAUAAGCAUUGUGGAGCUGGAGAAAAGUCAAAGGCAGCAGGAGCUACUUCAGCUGAAAUCCUACAGCCCGGGCGAAGGUUCCCCGUAUAGAAAAAACCUGGAGUCUCGCGCUUCCACAGAUGUGGAUUCUUCUAAGCUUGGCCUGUCUUCAGCCCCAGUUCUCAACGGUGUUAGCCCAGAGUUUACUAUCAACGGCACCAGCUCACCUUGUUUUGACCGUGUUAACUCCAAGGGUGAGCUUCUUUCUCGGUACCUGCCCAUAUCCCCGGACCAUGAAUUAGUGGCUGCCACCCCUGAUGCUCGACAGAGGCAGCAAAGCUUCUCUCAUGCUCUUCCUGACUACACGCGCUUCUCCCCUGCCAAGAUUGCCUUGCGUAGGCACCUUAACCAGGAUCCUACUGCCUCUGCUCACUUAAGAGGUCCAGGGCUGACGACACAUAGGGAUCUGGGUGGUGUUAACUCUCCACUUGGAGCCAAACAGAACUGCCCCUCUCCCAACGGAUGUGAUGCUCAGAAUAACCUCAAAAGCUCAGAGAGGGGCAUUAAAGAGAGGAGUCCAUCUGUUCAGGGAGACAACAGCAUUACAAGCCUUCCUAUUAGUAUCCCACUGAGCACUGUUCACCCAAGUAAAUUACCAGUUAGCAUCCCACUGGCCAGUGUGGUGCUACCCAGUCGUGCUGAGAGACUGAGAAGUACUCCGAGUCCUGUGUCACAGACCGGUCAGACCAAUGGAUAUUCAUCCAUCUCCAGCAUGAUGAAUGGAGGUCUGCACCCCGAGGACCACAAUGGCACUUCUUCACCUCCUCCACACAGCAACACUUUAACAGUGGGCCGAGGCGGUCCGAUCCAGAGCCCCCCUCUCAGCACUGGGGGGGUGCUCCAGUAUGCCGACGGACCCCCGAGGAUUGUUCCAGAAGAUGGACCGGAGGGCCAAGGAGGUGAAUCGGACGCAGAAGCCCAGGAAAGUGAACUGCGAAGGAGGAUCUUUUUCUCCUCCUCUUCUUCUUCAUCCUCGUCUUCCUCUUCGUCAGGCAGCGGGGGCAGCGCAGCCGGAGGAUCUCGCCUCCACCACCACACCGGCAACCCGGCCAAGCAGGGAUACCACAGUAACCAUGGAAACCACCACCACCAAUCGCCCAGCACGCAGCACGCGCACACACCCACACAUACGUCGUCAUCGCACUCCUCUCACAGCCUCUGCUCUCAAGAGGGACGCAAGCGGGGGAGACGGAAACGUGGCAACCCAGGGCCUGUUAUGGCCAGUGGAUCCCCAAAGAGAAGAUCAUUCCCUGGGCUCAGCUCCAGCAACCACUCCUCAGGAUCGCCACUCAAUAUCAACUCCAUGGUGAACAACAUCAACCAACCUCUGGAGAUCUCUGCCAUCUCCUCUCCAGAGCAAUCAAGCCGCAGCCCCGUUGGGCCUGACCUAGACCAACCUCCCAUCUUGAAGAGAGAGCGCCCCCUGGAGAUGAACGGCACGGGUCGAUAUUCCACAGCACCCAGCUCAGACGAUGAGGACUCUGGUUAUCCUGUUGACAGCUCCAGUUCUCGAAUUGAAAGAAAAAUAGCCACUAUAUCGUUGGAGAGCAGAGAUGGAUCUGGUAGACUCGGAGAUGGUGAACGAGGGAGAAAAUCAGGAAGCAGCAGUGGUAACAGCACUGGCAGUGAAGCCUCCUCAUCGUCAUCUUUGUCCUCUACCAGCAAAUGGAAAUCCACCUUUUCGCCCAUUUCUGAUCCCAAACAACCCAACUCUGACCUGAGACAGGGGGGCUCUCCGUUUGGCAUCGGGGGUUCAGGUCGGGGCACAGACUCAGAUUCUGACCACAAACAGCAGCAGGUGAGGAAAGGAAGCGAUGGAGAGUCCAGCUACAGCAAUCCAAACCCUUUCCUCAGUCAGGAGGCAAGUACCAGGGGUGGAAGCAGCAGUGCUGGUAGUGCUCAAGGAGGAAGCAGUUCAGACCAGCGCCAGACCCUCCAGAAGCAGAAGGCCUCCCGUGACUGGGAGCUGAAGAACAGCGGCAAUCUGGCCAGUCAGAACCUCUUCAUUUCUGCUGCCGCCAGCAGUGGAGGGGGCAUUCUUAGUGGGAAAGUGGGAGGCAGUCCUGUAGCUGUUUCCUCGAGCACUGGGUCAUCUGUGGGGCAGUACCUGGGGGCCCAGUUCCCACUUGGAGGGACCUCAGUCUUGCAAUCUUUGUUUGGGGCCCAGACUGGCGGAUCCACGGUGACUGGGACCCCUCGGCUUGUCAACGGACACUCUGCCCUAGGAAGCUUCUCCAGUGCUGGGUUGACAGGGGGAGCAGCUGGAGGUAUAUUUCACCACGUGGUUCCCUCAGUGUCCUCCCAUCAGUUUGGGGCAACGCUCCCCACCUCAGGAGGCCUCAACUCUCUGCUCAGUCUCCCCUCCUCCUCUUCCUCUACCUCCUCCCAAACCCAGCAACACACCACUCCCCAGCCAGCCUCCACGCGCCUGGCGCCCGUGUCCUCGCCUAUGCCCCUCUCGUUAUCCCAGGCCCAGCACAGCCGCACGCAGUCGGUCCUGCAUAGCCCCUCUCCUCCCACGCUCUCCCUGCCCCCUCCUCCACCCCUGCAUAGCGUCCCCUCCUCGUCGACAUCCACGCACUCUGACUCCCCAGCGUCUUCUCGAUCAGACUCCCUCCACUCCUCGCGUCUGUCCCUCUCCUCUCUCCACCACCAGAGAGCACAAUCAUCCCUCUCCAUCUCAUCCUCUACCUCUGCUGCUUCUGUCUCUGCUGCUGCACCCCUUUCCUCUUCCUCUCUCUCAGCCUCCUCUGCCUCCUCCUCUCGUCCAUUUGCAGUGCACUACUCCCCCCGUCUGCCCCCUCCGCCACCGACCAGCAGUUCUGGUGGUGCUGGGAGCAUGUGGAGGACUCAGAGCAUGCAUGGUACCUACACCACCUCCCAGCUCCCCAGCUCCCGACCUAGAUAGGGUUUGGGGCUGAGGGGAAGGGCGAGGAGAGGGGAAGGGCGGAGAACAAUCUGAGGGUGGAUAGAGGGUGAGCGAGAGAGGCUGGUAGGGAGUGAGAGAGACAGGAUGCCUGUUUUCCAUGUGCUUCUGCAAGCUGUUUGUCUGAUUGAACAAGGUAAUUGAUGGAAACUACCUCAACAUUAAAUAAACUAUGCAAAUGUCCAGGUGUGGACCAAGGCACUCUCCUCAUUCACUGGUGCUUCAAACUCUGCACUACCCAAUCGCCUCCAAGACCGGCUUCUGUACUGGGAUCUUUGUCUCUCUCUCUUACACACACACACACGCACACACAUGCGCACACACACACACACACACACACACACACACUAACCACCACUAUGGUCACCCUGAGCAGAAUUCAUAGGUACUGGUCAUGUUUGUGUGUGGAGUAGUGUUGUCCAGCUCUGAGUGAACUUAAAUAUCGUGUUUGACUUUAAGGUGCUAUCUAAUCUGUUCAUAUGUAGUUUCUUUGUUCUGGUGCCAAUUAUAGCAACCGGGAUUCAGCAAAAUCAGAAAAAAAAAAGAAUUAUCAUUUAACGACCGGAUAAACCAGGGUCUACUUCCCCCCCAAAGUUUCACUUCACGAGUCACGCACACACACACUCAGACACACACACAGAGCCGGUUCAUUGAACUCUGCUCAGACGUCAAGCACCUUUGCUUUUGCGUGCAUGCGUUAUUUCCUCCCUCGGUGAAAUUCUGUAUUUGCUGCAAUAUAUUUGGUUGCGUAACAAAAUGAGGAACUUCGUAUUUUGGUCUAACUUCGCACUGGAUAUUAAGCUCACGUAGCAGAAGAUGUACAAGCCCUUGCUUGUGUUAGUUGGCACCCGUGCCAUGUUCAUGAUUUACUGUAUUUACUGUGUUUUCAUAUUUAAAUUUGUGACAAACUGCAAUGAGUUGUUGGUGCUUAAUUCAAAGCCAAAGAAUAAAUUAGAUUGUGUCUGUUUGGCUUGCUCUGACUCCUUCUGUCUCAAAAAAUACUAAAUAUUUUGUAGCUAUUUCCUUAAAGUUAAGUUGUAUCUGUUUUUCUGCUAAUGUCAGAUAUUUAAUGUUAGCAAUAAUCAGACAAAUCUCUCGAAGGAUGAGAGGAAUGAGGAAAACAUCUGCGGAUGUUGAUUUUGGCCUUAUUUUGAGGAUAAGGUAAAUUAAUAACAUGCCUUUGGGUGCCAGUAAUGCAACGCAGCGCCGAGUACGUUAACAUUUGUUUAAAAAAAAAAAAAAUAAUGAAAUGGUGCUCUUCAGCCACUCGUCACUGUGGCUGCUCUGUUAAGGUUCAGCAAACAGCUGAAUCCACGUGUCCAAGAACAACAGUUUGCGUGUAUUUAUUAACUGUUUCUUUCCCGUCGGGUUGUGAAGUCACACAAACGGCAACAGAAAUAUUCCUCUUUGUAAGCUAAGCUUAACAGUAGAGAUCCAUGCAUUCAUAUUUAUCCGUGCUGUUAGGAAAAGCAGGUUUAAAUGAAAGUGGACUGACAUGUGAAAUUUUACUGCGUUUAGUUUAAACACACACACACACAGAGUCAUGCAUGCAAAUCCUCACACACUGGGAAAACAUAGUUGACCAUAACCACAACAAACUACUGGACUUUUUUCACACCUCUUUGUUUGCUUUUAAAAACGGUGUCAUUUGUUUUUGUAAACGAUGUUUGUACUGUGAAUGUGAUUCAUUCUCUGACUGUAUAGUUGUGGAUAAUUUAGAUGAUUAUAUUUAUGCUGUCGAUCUUUCCAUUUGCCUUUUUUUUUUUUUUUUUUUUUUUUUAAAUCCUGAAUUGUGUUGACAUUGUAGAAUGCAUUAGUGUGUGUGUACUUGACUCACAGUCUGAAAACAAUGGUGCUAAGUUUGGACUAUGCCUGAUCUUAUUUAUUCUGUAAUGAAAACAUCAAAAACAAGUCGAGUACUUGGUGCUGUACACAGGGACAUUUGUAAAGCCGUUUUUUGGCAUUUCCUUUCUCAUAUUUAAUAUGCUAUUGUCUCGUUCUUUGAAUGCAUCGUGUACAACUGUAGACGCCACCUUUGGAUGAAAGUGCUCUCGUGCAGCCGGCUCGGGGUCCGAGCGACGGCCACGGGGGCCCCUGUUAAUGUUUUAAACAUACAUCGGCCCGCUGUUGGUGAACAAGACACACUGUUUUUGUACAUAAGUUUUCUUUAAUUGUACAUCUCUGUCAUAAACAGAAAGGUAUAUAAAAUAAGUAACUAUAUACAGUCUAUAUAAAUAUAUAUAAGUAUAUAAAUAUAUAUACAUAUAUAUAUAUGUGAAAGGGGUGUUUUGGUGCUGGCAUUGUGACCCUUAAAUUCACCCUGUAACAGGAGGCUUGAAGCAGAGCAAAGCAUUGCCACCAGAGGACCUUAACAUGGCUGCACAUCAGCACCUGAAAACACACACACACACCCCACAGCCACAAACUCAGAGGCUGUGUGUUUAUUACACAAAGGUGCGACGGCUCGAACGCCACCAGAUUCCAGUACUAGAACUGUUAUCACUUUUUUCAGGUAUUUUCACUUCUUUGAUUUGUUGUUGUUGUUUUUUGGUUUGUUUUUGGCGUUAAAUUUUUUUUUACCAACCCAGAUUCUGCAUGAAAAAUGGUGCUUCUGUUUCCAAGCGAGGGCAGUUCAGACCUUAGAAUCGAAAUCUUCACUGGUGCAUACAGAACUGCGCGUCAGCCUCUUUACACACACCGCCUGUAGACGAGGCCGUACCUUGCCGCGUGAGCUGAUGUGAAACACUUGUCUUAGUGUGUGUGUGUGUGAGUGUGCGUGAUAUCAGACAGGCUUCCUUUUUUCCUCUGAUAGUGGGAUUACACUAAAGCUCAGUUUGUACGUGUGUGUUUUUGUUUUUGUGUUGUUUUUUUAUUUUUCACUUGCCAGCGCAUAUCUAAGGGAAUAUUAGUGUAAUAAUCAAAGCUUUAUAGAAAAAUAAAACUCCUGUCCCGUGCACUUGUGUGCAAGUGAAGAGAAAAAGUCAUUUUAGAAUUAGACUAGUCCAUUUGUUACCAGCACUGAGAGGUGUUUUGUAAUUAUUGUUGAUGGCGUUUUGAUUUUCUUAUUCUUGGUGUUUGAUAAGAUUGCAGUUACAUGUUAUGCUUUUGAUUGUGUCUUCAGAUUUCUGUCAGUUUUUAAUACUACUAGUCAGACAGCACGGUGCUCUCCUUCACUUAAAACAAGGAAAUUGCAGCUAUUGAUGAAUACUACUCCUCCUGUUGUGCUGCAGGGUUUUAUGGUUUAAGAAUCUUACACCAAGCUCACCUGGUGGCUUUUCUCACAGCCCAGUCUAACCUUUCAAUCUUUAAUCUGGAGGGACACUGGCGGGCGGAGGGGGGGUGUACGUGCCUGUCAGAGCACUUUGAGGAAGGUGGCAGGGAUUCCAUUCAUUACAUACAGAUUUUAAGCAGUUUUAUAGUUUUUAAAUGUAUUUCUGGGGUGUGAUUUGGCUUUAAAGCUGUGCAGUUCUGCAUGAUACUGCAUCCUGGUACAUUAUUCGUAGAUAAUCUUUGAGAGCUUUGCAGUCAAGGCUGUUUACUCGAAAUCCUGCCAAAGGUCUUAACUCAGGAACUCCCCACACUGCUUGAAAGAACAAGUUUCGUAAUCUGCUGCAUCUUAUGUUAAUUUAUCUUCAGGUGGCAUGACAAAGUCCCUCUACGACCCAACUCAGGACCAGGGCCACCAUUCAGUCAGUGUAUUUCAAGGUAAAAUGUAUCAGCUGCCCUCAUCAGAUCUCCUCAGACGCAGUCCUGCUGGCACGUACACCCCAACCCCCGACAAUCAGUCCGAGCUUUAUGAGCGAUCUGAUCUCGAGAAGCUGUGAAAUGGCUACAACAUUCAGCAUCUUCCUCAUCUCACAAAUGCCUCUGUCUAGAUUUGCGUCUCUAAGGAGGAGGUUCGGUGUCUUGUUUGAAUCCCUCGUUGAAUUGGGGUUAACCUUCAAGGACACGCGUGACCUACAGGAUGUGUAUAGUGCUCUCUGAUUGGUGAAGCCAGGGCAGGUUUGAGGUGCAAUAAUGGCAAACCUACUUUCCAAAAGGCCCUCGGUUUUUCAUGGAAACAUUGUUACUGUUUGAUGUUGGUGCUUUUAUCCUAAGAUGUUAUGAUGAAAAAAUGGAAUUAAUGGUUUUUUUCUCCCCUGCAAUUUAUGAUUAUUAAUAAAUUGUUUCUUAUAAUAUUGA